AACAUCAAAACCUGUCUUGUCUGCUGACACGGUUCUUUACGAAAAUUGUAUUUUCCCCAAUUUAACUAUUUUCCUUCCCUAGAUUAUAAUCAUUCGUCAUUAGUUUCAUAUUGAGGACUAUACUGGUUAAAAUACACCAUGAGCAACACGCAUCGGCAAGAAAUCUUGCCAGCAAGUUAUGAAAGUGAUGACACGGAUGACGAGUUUGGAGGAUUUUACAGCAGUACCGCAGCUGGGUCUCGUCCCUUCGAGGACGAGCGAAUCAAAAUUGUUCCCCACAUUGGAUGGCGCGCUGGACUGAACGAACGGGACUUUGAUAUCGAGCUGGACGACAGCAUUGCGACGUGGUUCGAGGGAUUCAAAGAGAGUUUCAAAACGUUCAAGAAGGGACCGCUUAUAUCGCAACGGCUGCAGAUGUUCUAUCUGAACGCGCAGAAUCCCUUCGAGUGGGGUCUGAAACUGUUCGCAAACUGUGCUGACCACAGCUCGCCGAAGAGUAAUUCUCUUGCGUAUACGGUGAUUGAGGAGCUGAGUAAUUUCAAAAAGAAGCAUAACCCUGACACGAGUUCCCUGAUAAACGAUAAUCUCCGGAUGAUAGGUUUUAAUUUUGUGGCUAAACAGGGUCAUUGUACGCUGUUUAGUCUGGUGGUGGAUACAUUCGAAUUACUGAGCUGCCGGGAGUUAUUUAUUCCUAAAGUUCGAGAUAUGAUCGAGCGAAAGCAGUACAAAGAGGCGGGUCAGAUUGCGAUCGAUCUGAAACUUUUCGACGAGUUCGACGAACACGCCUUUGUGAUUCCCUUGUUCAUGCAGGAUAAAAUCUCGAUUGCUGAGGAUUUUUUGAAUAAGGCGGAACGCCUCCAGAGGCCGGUCGUUCAGCUACUUGAUUCAUUUUUCGAUAAGAAGGAAUCUGUGGAGAACCACUGCUCGAAGUAUAUCCACAAAUAUAAUGUUACCGAUGUAUACUACAACAAGUUGCAUCAUAAGCCUCUAAGCAAGUUGGUGCAGCGAUUGGCGAAGAAUUAUAAAAUCCAAAAAGAGUUCACACCGAAUGUGAAUAAAAUGAAGAAUUUUGGCGCACUCCAGUUCUUGGUUCAUAAACGUUAUUACGAGAAGAGCUUGAAUAGAGACUCCUGGGAUGAGAUGGUGCGGGAUACUUUAUCUGAGUCCGAUCAAGAUCUUCAGCUUGAGUUGGUCUGUUUCUGUUCGAGUUUUAACGAUCAAGCCGAAGCUGCGAAAUGGGCUAAAUACUACCGGUUGAAGCUGGACGACCUUCCCAUGCUGGUACAGGAUUUCAUCGCUGAGAACGAUGGCGGCGUCACGAAGGAUCACCGACCGACGGAAGACGAGCAGUGGGAAGAUUCUAUCUCCGAAGCAAUCCACACGUUAAGUUUGGAUGCGUCCAACGUGCAUUUGGUCGAUUCGAGGGAGAAAUUUUAUGCAAUGAUUUCGGAUCUAGCCAGUCAAUCGAUGGUGGCCUUUGAUUCCGAGUGGAAACCAACAUUUGGUGGCGCGAAGGAAGUUUCGCUGAUUCAGUUGGCCACUCGUGAAAACAUUUAUUUGAUUGAUGUGAUGAUGAACCAGCUGGACGGAUCGGACUGGGCCUCGCUGGCGAGAAAUGUGUUCAACAAAGACGAUAUUCUUAAAAUAGCGUUCGCACCUGCCACCGAUGUUUCGAUGUUUCAGAAAGCGCUACCGGCAUUUAACGUUAACUACAGUCCACAAUCGAGUUCAGCAAUAUUAGAUCUACAGGAUGUGUGGCGAUAUAUAGGAAAUAUCACGAGCUUCCGAUUCCCCUUCCAGGAGGAAGUCAUUAGUCAUAAUUUGGCGAAUCUGACCAAACUAUGUUUGGGUAAGAAGCUGGACAAGUCCAAUCAGUUCUCAAAUUGGGCCCAGCGUCCGUUGCGGAAAGAGCAGCUUCAGUACGCAGCACUGGAUGCAUUUUGUUUGUUAGAAAUUUACGAUGUUAUAGAGCAACAACUGAUGAAGCUUCAAAUUGAUCCAAACGAGGUGCUCAACGCGCUGCUGAGUGAUAAUAAAUUAACAGAGGCCGGUAAAAAGCGACCUGUGAGAUCGGGAGCGUCCGGAGGAGAAUCCUCCCGGAGGGGAACUCGCAAUAAACACAACAGACACCAGACGUACAACGAUGGGGAACACUCUUCGGCUAGGGGUUACAAGCAGCAUCAUCCGAAUCGGAACAAAUCGGUGACGGUGAUUGGUUCGUUCAAGCAGCAUCCGGGGCCCAAUCGGGAGCCUGUACUGGUUUCCGAGGUGCGUUUCGUUUGCGACAAUAUGUUGGAGGGUCUGGCGAAAAUGCUGCGGCGAUUUGGUAUCGACACGAUCGCCGUAAAAAGCGCAGAAUGUCACGAUCGGUGCGUUUUCGUGGCCCUGCAGGACAAGCGUUUCAUCCUGACACGUGGGGCGAAUUUUACCAAGUUUUCGGAGUAUGUUCCACCUGGUCACUGCUACAAAGUUGGCAAUGAUCGCGUGGAAGACCAGUUGCUGGAGGUGCUCAAGUAUUACAAGGUAGUCAUCCAACAGAAGGAUAUUUUCAGCCGAUGCCAACUUUGCAAUUGUGGCAAGUUUUUGUCUGCCAGCCCGGAAGAUGUUUAUUAUCUGCAGCACCGGACAGAAUUGCCACAAUCCGUUCGGGAAAGUCACCGUAAAGAAUCGCUGGAAAACGAGCACAGGAUAAAGCUGGAUCGCAGCUGGAUUUUGGAGUCACUUCAGGAGUCACAUAGGAACAGUGGGCAAACGGACAGUGGCGCGAAGAUUGACGCUGGCUAUGCUAGUGACACGGUGAUUGCCAAUGUGGAUGUGUUUUAUAUAUGCAAUGGUUGUGGGCGCUGUUACUGGGAUGGAUCCCAUUUAGACAAUAUUCUUGCCGGCAAAUUGGCUGAUUUGCUCACGCUCAGCUAUGACUAAUUGACUAAUGAUACGGAAUAAAGUGGUGUUUUG